AUGAAGCAAUCCAACUCCCAAAACACAACUCCAGCAACCCGAAACCCAGCGCCAGGCUCCGCCAACCCAYCCAGAAAUCCCGGCGAUGCACCACCAGCAUACUCUGCCGCGCCCAACGCAGCUCCAAUGCCAAGCGCUCAGGGCACUGCAGCCACAAAUGAUGGUGUAGACGACCCUUAUGCGUUUCUCAGCAGCUUUGACACCAUCUUUCUCAUUGAUGACUCGGGCUCAAUGGCAGGAAGUCGCUGGCAAGAAACUUGUCAAGCCAUCGAGACCAUCACGCCAAUCUGCACCGCACAUGACGAUGACGGAAUCGACAUCAUUUUUCUCAACCGGAAGGACAAUGAGCACUACCACAAUAUCCAGUCAACCUCCACAGUUCGCGAGAUCUUCUCGAUAGUCUCUCCAGGCGGCGGAACUCCAACCGGCCAGCGCCUCAAUCAGAUUUUGAAGCCGUAUCUUCGCCGCUACGAGAGCUCUCCCGACACCACCAAGCCGAUCAACAUUAUUUGCAUCACCGACGGCGAGCCUUCUGACGAUGUCGAGAGUCCGAUCAUUGCAGCCGCGAAGAAGCUGGACAWGCUUGACGCUCCGGCCUGGCAAAUUGGAAUUCAGUUCUUCCAGGUUGGGCGGGACGAAGCCGCGAAGAAGCACCUCAAACAGCUUGAUGACGAGCUGGCGGAUAUUGCGGGAGACGAUGACCUUAGAGACAUUGUGGACACUGUUCCCUUCACUGGGGCUCWGGGGACCCAUCUCAGCGGAGAUGGCAUACUUAAGGUGGUUUUGGGUGCAGUCAACCGACGCCUUGACAGGAAGAAAAGUAACGACCUCUACAGGUAG